UGAAAGUUGAUGUUUUGUUACGCAAAGGAGGCAAAGACAUAACCAAACUUAAAACGGUGGAUGCGUGCAUUUAUAAUAAUUAAUUGAAUAAACUGGGUCAACACAAUGUGAAGUGUUUGAACGUUGUUUUUAUUUAUCAAAUUCAGCGAUUGUUGUAUAAAUUAAGGCGACCAUAUUGAUUUGAACCUUAUGCAGGUGUCUUCAAAGUGCUUAUUGUAUUUUUCCCCCUUUUCAUGUUCAUAGUCGAAUUAAAAUGGACUCACAGGAAGAAAAUGAAAUCAAAAACAUCCUUAAAGGUUUGUUGAUAUCAAACCCCUUCAGAUCCACGCAACAGCAACUAUGGAAAGACUUUCAAGAGAUGAUCGGUCGGGCGAUUCCUUUACGAAAACUAGGCUUUCAGACAUUUGAUGAGUACUUGCGCUCAAUUCCGGAUGUUGUUCAAGUUUAUGGGUCAGGUCCUUCAGGUGAAGUGGAAGCGGUCACGUCUAAAAGUCAACACAUAAAUGAGAUGGUGUUAAAGCAAAAAAAAGCUGUACCAAAAUCCAGAAAGGUUUACUCCAGGCCCAUUUCAACAGUACAUCAUAGGUUACCUCGCUUUUUCCAAAACAAGUACUCUGUGAAGCUUCCUCCAUCAACAAAUAAAAAGUCUGAAUCAACUUUGGAAUCUCCUCCACUACGUGUUGAAAAACUGGAUCAUCAGUCAGAAACACCAAAUAAUAGUAUUCAACAACCGGCAAAAAAUGUAUAUAAACCUCACCUUCAUUUCAACCACAAGCCUCAGCACCAAGAAGAAAAUAGUGAUUCUCCUGUGAUAAAUAAAAAUGAUUAUUCAAAUCGAAUAAAUUCAGAUCUUUCAAAUCAAAUCUGUGAUGACUCUAGAGACUGUGCAACUGAUUAUACCGAACAAGCGACAUGUUUACCAACCGAAAUCAGUCAUUCAUCUGAAGUUCCUGUAAAAGUUCAAACUAAUUUACUCAACCUAUUAAAAAAAUUUCCUGAUGGUAUCGAAUGUACUAAGUUUCCAGCAGAGUACCGGGCUAUGUAUAAAAAGAACAUUCAUUAUGAAGAGUAUGGUUAUCGAUCAUUGAUUGAGAUGUGCCUAGAUUUACCCAAGAUUUUCAACUAUGUUCAACACUCGUCGCACGAUUAUAUGUUGUAUGACAAAAAACAGCCACUACCAAGCCAAGAUCUGAAAAAAAAUUCGGCUAAGCACGUUCAGACUGAAAAUGUGAUUACGACUCAUGUACUGGAAGAUCUGCCAAAAUUAAAUUGGAAAACGUCAUCAGCGUUGCUGCCGUCAGACGUUUUUACCAUAAACGACCAGAUGAGUCGCUUCUUUCCAGCUGAUAUUCAAGAAGAAGACAUUCUUGACAUUACAAUUGGAGAGAUCUAUGAUCUUUCAAAGUUCUGGUUUUACAUGACGUUUGGGGAUUUGGAUCCUCUUAUGGAUGAAUUGCAGAUUUUUUUUUCGAAGAACAGCACCGCUUACCUUGUACCGGAGUUACUACUAGAAGAGGGACUGUACUGUGUGGCUAUGUACUCCGGCCUGUACCACCGCUGCGUUAUUGUCAAUAUGGUGCCGAAGAUACCCGAGUGCGUACGAGUAUUUUUCGUCGAUUAUGGAACCGUCGAGAACGUCCCUUCCAAAGAAAUUUGGUUCCUACCGAAGCGCUUCGGCGAAGUGCCCUGUCAAGCGAUUAGGGGACGCUUGGCCAACAUAUACCCAGUGGGCGAAAAUCAACCGUGGAAGGUUUCGACCGUGCGAAGACUCGAACAACUCAUAACGAACCGAGUUGUCGUAGGAAAAGUGACCAGAGUCGACGAGAAGGACCACUUUGUGGAUUUAUACUUGGCGGAUAUUACAAACAAGGAUAAGAUAUUCUACAUUAACGAUAUUUUCGUGGACGAAGGACGUGCACUUUACAUCGGCGACGAAAGAAAAAAGACUUUGGUGGAUCACGACUGCACCCCCAAUGUGCGAUACAUUCACUUAUAUCCCGAAUUUUACGAAAUCGAAGCCGGAAUGGCGCCGACGACGGAAGAAAGAAAGUACAUCUUCGCCAACAAAAUCCCGAUGCACCACUACAUGCCGCAGUACUUCGACAUAUACUACAACGAAGACAUCCACCAAAUCGUCCGCGACUUUGAAAACUUCGGCCGCAAAAGAAAGAAGAACAUCGUCAUUCCUACAAUCGACCUCGAGUUCGACUUUUCCUUCUUCCCUGAUCACUUGGUCGACGAAAUCAAAGAACUGUAUUUGCAAGACCACCCACACGCCGAAGUGGAACUAUCGCAGAGUCGAAAAUCCGUAAAAAGUGAAAGUGGGUGUAAACCAGACUCUACAAAAACCGUAGUUAAAAGCAAAUCGAACGCUGACGGUGAGAAAAAAACGAACGGCUCAGUUAAAGAGUAUUUUUGUAACAAAAAACGUAUUUCAGAGAUAAGACAAGGUACGACCGGUGCUGCUAAAAUGGAAACGGGCGACACUAAAAACUCGCGCGAGAAUUCGUUCGGGAGUAAAUCGUUUGGUGACUUUGACCGGUCUACGGAAGCCGCGGCUCUAACGAACACUUUUCGACAACUAAGUGUGAAUAAUAACGAUUCGGGUGUGAUGAGUAUCACCCCGACGCGAAUCUCGAACAACCCGUUUUUGAAUGACUGUAACGUAAACACUAACCCAUUCCGGACAACGAAUCCCUUCUGGAGCGAGCAACUGGAACUCGAAGAAACCGUUGACACAACUCAGUUGCUGGAUUUAUUCGCGAAACCGUCAACCGAAUCGCUGCCCGAUAAAAUCGUGAACGACUUGAAAAACUCGUCGUGUACUUGUAUACGAGAGAAACAAGUCAAUGUUGAGAAGGACGUGGGAGCGACGAAUACUCUGCACGACGUAACGUGUAAUAGCACCAUUACGGACACGGUUAGCCCGAUCAGACAAGUCCAGAAUACCAGCCAGCGUGUGAGGACUCCACCUGGAUUCAGUUCAAGCAAUGUUUCCAAUAAUAGUAUGACGGUUCCGAUGGUGGCACCCAACAACUUUUAUGGAAGUCCUAGGGGCAAUCCCUAUUAUCAACGGUUUCCGUUUCAGAAUUCCGGCAUGCCGCAGAAUCCGCCGAUUUUGCCGUACGUUCUGCCACCGCAAAAUAACUAUUUUGGUUGUGUGCCUCAGGUGUACCCGAAUGCGUACAAUUUCAAUGCGCUGAAUUGGCAGCAGUUGUUUUCGCAGCCGAAUUUUAGGCCGCCGCCUCGGUAUCCGCAUUGAGGUUUGAGGUGAAAGGGUUUUGUGUGGGGGCCUGGUGGCGACAGUGGAAGUUUUUUUACGUUGUGAUUUAGUGACGAUGUUGUGUUUUUUUAAAUAGAGAUUUAUUUAUUUUAACUGUCACUGCGUGUUGGGAUCGUGGUUUUGAAUUGCAUCGUUCUUGGUAGGAUUUUUUGCCACCGGUGUACGAAUAAAUGUUUAUUUUGUG